CUGUAAAGUAAGGUACAUAGAUCAUUCCAAUGGAGAUAUAAAGCCACUGAGGCGCAUUCCGAAGAGACUUCGAUUUUGUGUUUGCAACUCAUCAGACAUCAAGCCAAUAAAAAGCGAGAAUAACCACUCCUCUCCAACAAGCCACUAGUUCAUACCUUCGACAUGAUCCCCUUUGGAGCAAGCAAGAGGAUAUGCUCUAGCUCACCGCAACAAGCCGCGAAGCUCGGCCGGGCUGUUACGGCAUCCUUCCUCCGCCAACCCCAUACAGUCGGGCUUGGAUACCUAGCAGCAGUCGAAGCCGCUGCGAUAGCUCACAACCAUCGCCCCUCUUCCAGCACACGAAGCUUCUCCACGACAAGCGCCAAGCAGCUGCGUGACAUCUUCCCAGAAAAAGACACGCCUUUUAUACGCAAAACUCCCCCGGCAUGGCCCCAUCCUGGCUAUACGGAGGAGGAGAUGUUGGCAGUUACUCCGGAACAUCGUGCGCCAAGAACAGUGGGCGACUGGGUUGCUUGGAAGCUCGUUCGUCUGGCUCGGUGGGCGACUGACCUUGCCACGGGCGUUGGACGUGACCAGCAGGUUGAUAUGAAGAACCCGACCACUGCUGUGGUUGCGCACAAGCCAUUGACCGAGGCACAAUGGCUCGUCAGGGUGAUUUUCUUGGAGUCGAUUGCGGGAGUGCCGGGAAUGGUCGGUGGCAUGGUGCGCCAUCUCCAUUCCCUCAGGCGCCUCAAGAGAGACAACGGCUGGAUCGAGACGCUCCUCGAGGAUUCCUACAACGAGAGGAUGCACCUGCUCGUAUUCACCAAGAUGGCGGAACCAGGAUGGUUCAUGAAGACCAUGAUCCUCGGGGCACAAGGCGUUUUCUUCAACGCUAUGUUUCUCAGUUACCUGCUCUCUCCCAAAAUCACCCACAGGUUUGUGGGCUAUUUGGAGGAGGAGGCGGUUCACACCUACACCCGUCUUCUCAAAGAGAUCGAAAACGGCGACUUGCCCAAGUGGUCGAAUCCGGACUUCCAGAUCCCCGAGAUCGCCGUGACCUACUGGCGGAUGCCCGAGGGGAAGCGAACCAUGAAAGACCUCAUUCUCUAUGUCAGGGCGGACGAGGCAGUUCACCGUGGCAUCAACCAUACUUUGAGCAAUCUGAAUCAAGUCGAGGACCCCAACCCGUUCGUCAGCGAGUAUAAGAUCGGGUCUGAGCAACAGAAACCCCGCGCGGCUCUGAAGGGCACCGGGUAUGAGCGGGACGAGGUCAUCGGGUGAACCAUCUUUCUCUAAGGCUGGGGCGUCAUAUACAGCAUCAUCUGUUUGGCCCUGUCAUUGUCGGCGUUCGCGGAUCAGGGGCUGGUAAGGUUUGGCAUUGGUUGGGGGCGUUGGAUGGCUUACAGGAAGAUUAGACGAGAUACCCUCCACUCUGGUUUAGGAAAAGGUUCCUGUGUGAUAGGCCGAGCUACAACGUCGGACCACAUCUGUUGAAAAUAGACUAUCCGUAC